AUGUAUAAGACUCCAAGCAGCUCUUCUGACACUCUACAAUCACAACGUCAUCCAACACCUGAAAUGCAACAACAACAGCAUCAACACGCAUUAUCAGAAGAAAUGGUAGCUCGUUAUUUAGCCCGUAAACCAAAUUUUCUUAAGCGUUGGUUCAAAGAUAAUGCACCGAAUGAUUUAAUACAAGAAUGCAUAAGAAUACAAGAACAAAAAGAAUAUCUAUCUAAACCACGUGCAUCAUUAACACAUGAAAUGUUUAAUAGUAUUGUUCAAGGUCAUAGUGCAACUCGUGACUUACCAGCAACGUCCUCUCCAAUUGUUGAUUAUAAUCAUUUGAAUGAAAAUGAACUUUUUUUCGAACUAAUACGCGAUAUUGCAAAUGAAUUGAAUGUGGAUGUUGCUUGUCAUAAGAUCUUAACCAAUGUUUCCAUAUUAACUAAUUCGGAUCGUGGAAGUUUAUUUUUGGCUCGUGGUCCAAAAGAUGCUCGAUAUCUUAUUUCAAAAUUGUUCGAUGUUACAGCUGGUUCAACACUUGAACAAUCCCUUCAUAAAGAAGAUCAACAAAUUAUUAUACCAUUUGGAAAAGGCAUUGCUGGGCAUGUUGCCUUAACCAGAGAAUACAUCAAUAUUCCUGAUGCUUACGAGGUAAUGUUAUUUUAG